GCUGAGGAACACAGCUGUGUUGUCCACAGGGUCCAGAUCCCUGUCAAGAAAGCCACACCCCUUCUCACGCUGCAGAGCUGCCAGCCCAGCACAAAGGACAAACUGCCAGUCACAAGGCACCUUGGAGAACUUCAGAUCUACUCCCUCAUCAGAUCCUUUCCCACUUGUUCUAGGAUGAGGAUGUCUGCAGCCUUUGCCUGCCUCGCCCUGAGCCUGGCCCUCAUCUUUGGUGAAGGGUCUGCCUCCCACAAUCGCCAGUCUCAGGCAGCCCAGCUGGCCACAGACUUUGGAGUGAAGGUGUUUCAGCAGGUGGCACAGGCCUCCAAGGACCGCAACAUGGUUUUCUCGCCCUAUGGGGUUGCCUCGGUGCUGGCCAUGCUGCAGCUGACAACAGCAGGAGAGACCCAGCAGCAGAUCCAAGCAGCGAUGCAAUUCAAGAUAGAUGAGAAGGGCACGGCUUCUGCCCUCCAUCAGCUGUACAAGGAACUCAUGGGGCCGUGGAACAAGGAUGAAAUCAGCACCGCUGAUGCCAUCUUCGUCCAGCGGGACCUGAAAUUGGUCCAGGGCUUCAUGCCCCACUUCUUCAGGCUGUUCCGGACCACAGUCAAGCAGGUGGACUUCUCAGAGGUGGACAGGGCCAGGUUCAUCGUCAAUGACUGGGUGAAGAGACACACCAAAGGCAUGAUUAGUGACUUACUUGGCGAAGGGGCUGUGGACCAUCUGACACGCCUGAUGCUGGUGAAUGCCCUCUACUUCAACGGCCAGUGGAAGACGCCCUUCCCAGAGUCAGGCACCCACCGCCGCCUCUUCCACAAGUCUGACGGCAGCACCGUGUCUGUGCCCAUGAUGGCUCAGACCAAUAAGUUCAACUACACUGAGUUUUCCACCCCUGAUGGUCAUUACUACGACAUCCUGGAAUUGCCCUACCAUGGGGACACGCUCAGCAUGUUCAUUGCUGCUCCUUAUGAAAAAGAGGUGCCUCUCUCUGCCCUCACCAACAUUCUGGAUGCCCAGCUCAUCAGCCAAUGGAAAGGGAAUAUGACCAAGGUGCCCCGCCUCCUGGUUCUGCCCAAGUUCUCCCUGGAGAGUGAAGUUGACCUCAGGAGGCCCCUGGAGAACCUGGGGAUGACCGACAUGUUUAGGCCAAACCAGGCAGACUUCUCUAGUCUGUCAGAUCAAGAGCUUCUCUACGUAUCACAGGCACUGCAAAAAGUGAAGAUUGAGGUGAAUGAGAGUGGCACGGUGGCGUCCUCCUCUACAGCCAUUAUAGUUUCAGCCCGAAUGGCCCCUGAGGAGAUCAUCAUGGACAGACCCUUCCUCUUUGUGGUGCGACAUAACCCCACAGGAACAGCCCUCUUCAUGGGCCAAGUGAUGGAACCCUGACCAUGGGGAAAGGAGCCCUCAUCUGGGACAGAACUGGAGAUGUACCAGAGAAGAACUCCAGAGAAAAUAAUUUUUAUUUUCACUAAUCUUUCUGGAGAAAGAAAGGACAUUUGCCUUUUUUUUUUUUUCUUGUAAUGGUAUAUCCUUCAAAUCUGCCUCCUAGACCUCAACCUCUCCCAGGAGUGGGAAAGAGGAGCUUUCGGUAAACCUCCCUAGUGGAGACCCUGGAGAAGAGACUUCCAAAGCACACAUCCAGGAGAGUCUCCAAGCAGGACAGUAAGAUGCGUAGAACCACUUGUGUAGCUGCUUCUGCCCACUUGGGUCCUCAGACCUGUAUCCCGCUGAGGCCUUGGCAGGAUGGCACCGCAAGGCUGCUGUGCACUCGGUAGAGACUAUUUGUGUUCUGCUCACGUUGCCGUCACUCUUGCACUGUCUGCCACUGCUGAGGAGGCUGGCGGCAGGCCAAAGAAGGCCAGCGGAAGAAACACCCUUUCAUUUCAAGGGCCGUCCUUGCCCGGCUCAGAGGUGCUGUAGACUGGCAGAGCGACGGCCUGCCUGGCGCAGAGACCCACCCUCCCCUGGCCAUCUCCGGCCCCAGAAACAGUGUGCAUUUAGUAUCUUGGAGUGUAGGUGACUUGUUUACUCAUAGAAGCAGGUUUCUGCUUCCCACAAACUAUAUUUUGCAGGCAUAGAAGAAAGGUGAGAUGUAUGCCUGGCUCUUGGCUCCAGUCUUGGGGUGGGGAGGGUGGGAUGCCAAGGGUGUGCUUGAAUAUUUAUCACAUCCUUGCCCUUGUGUUUGUAGAGAGAAGGAGGAUGAUAGUAGAAACAACCCGUAUUAUUGAAACCUGUUCACAGUACUCCUUUGGUUUGUGUCACUGCCAAUCCAGGAGUCUGGCCACUUGGCUGGCAUGCCCCUCUGGGCAGCGAGUGCAAUGGGGCCCACACUGCCACCUUGUGGCUGCCCAGAUGCCAUCACGCCUCUCCUUGCCUUGUCUCUCCACUUAAUGGUGUAGGACCCCUGCCAAGAUUCUCUCACUUCAACCCACUUUAGGGGUUGGUUGGGGUUGGGGAGAGGGACAGAGCGAGGACAGAGUGGUUCCAAAAUUUUCCAAUAUAGUCAGGAGCAGGAGUGUAAGGGGCUGCUUGACCUAGCAGGACAGAACUUUCCCCAAUUACAGGAUGAUUCACAGCCGCACUGGUGACUCACUUCAAUGUGUCAUUUCCGGCUGCUGUGUGUGUGAGCAGUGGACACGUGAGAGAGAAAAAAUGAGAGACUGAGAGAGACAGCGAGCUUGGCCUCAACUACCCCAGUUAGAUAAUCUUUCUGAAAACCAGCUAGCUAGAGGGUAGGGCACAAAGACCACUUUAUUGAAGAAUUGCACAUACAUGUCGAAUGAAUGUAACCCAACAGAACCCUAAUCACCUGACCGUGCUUGUCAGUGAACAUUUUUCGUUCUUUGUUUUUGUUAUUUUUUCAUUAUGCACUGGACAGUGACAGCCACACACAGCACCCCAAGGACACCCAAGUGUGGGGUCCAACGUUCUUGAAAUUGUGUCAAAUUAUAUGCUUUUUCACUUUUGUUACAUAAACAAGUAAAAAUGUUUUUUAAUAAAAUAAAUAAAUGAAAAGAAUA